AUGGAAUUUCAGUUCCGGUCAGCGAAAACCCGGGUGACCUUCAGUGUUCCCUUCGAAGACUUUUCCCAAGUCGACUUGGGCCAGGCUGAAAUAAUUCAUCGGGCAAACAUGAACAACUUUCUCUGUAUCACCCCCGGUGCCCAUCCUUCAAAAGCCAUCCCUGCUGAUGGCUUUCCACUCCAAAAGCCAAGCCGUUGCCGAUUUUCACUCCUUCAAUUCCCUAAUGACCUCCUGCGGUCUGCUCCUCAGACCCUCACAGACCCCUGUCCGAGGUCACUGAGAGGCGGGCGGCCCGUGGUGGCCCGUGGUGUCCCGUGGUGGCCCGUGGCGGCCCGUGGCGGCCCGCGGCGUCCCGCGGUGUCCCGCGGCGGCGGGUGUCGCCGGGCGAUGCCCGCGUCCUGCGGGUGGGUGUGGGCGGUGGGCGCGGGCAGCGGGGCGGUGGCGGGGCUGGGGGCGGCGUCGGCGCUGCUGGGCCGGCCGGCGCCCUACGGGCGGGGCACGGAGCGGCUGCUGCCCGGGGCGGCCCGCCUGCCGGCCCAAGCCGCCUGGUGCCUGCAGGAGCUGCCCGCCCUCCUCGUGCCCGCCGCCCUGGCCGCCCUCCGGCCCCGCCGCACGGCGCCCCCCGCCACCCCCCUGCUCCUCCUCGCCCUCUUCUGCGCCCACUACUUCCACAGGGCACUCAUUUACCCGUUCCUCACCAAAGGGAGGCCUUUCCCAGUUAGGCUGGCUAUAUCGGCCGCUUUCUUCUGUACUAUCAACGGCCUCCUUCAAGGUUACUACCUGACACACUGUGCCGAAUACCCUGACGAUUGGUACACUGACAUCCGAUUCGUGGCAGGUAUCAUAAUGUUUUUUUUGGGAAUGGGAGUCAAUAUUCACAGUGACCAUUUACUACGUCAACUCAGAAAACCUGGAGAAGUCACCUAUAAGAUUCCUCAAGGGGGAAUGUUCACUUACGUUUCUGGAGCCAACUUUUUGGGGGAGAUUGUGGAAUGGAUGGGUUUUGCCCUUGCAACCUGGUCCCUCCCUGCUUUGGCGUUUGCGUUUUUUACCCUGUGCUUCCUUGGGAACCGUGCUUACCAUCAUCACAGGUUCUAUCUCGAGGUCUUUCCAAACUACCCGAAAUCCCGGAAAGCCCUGAUUCCUUUCAUCUUUUAAAAGCAGAAGUUCCUGAAUCUCCCAGACCCUCAAAGGUCUUCCAAGAGUGAAGAUGAUACUGAGUCACUCCCUUUCCGCUCUGUAGUCACCCUGGGGAGGCCUCCCUGACUUCAUUUGCCCUCUCUGGAGAGCAACAGGGCAUUUUUUGGGGUGGGGGGUUUUACAUAGCAACUUGAGGAUUUAAUUGCAUAUUUACUCAACUUCAUCUCACAAUCAAUUCAUCAGAUUUAUCGAGCAGUUAUCAUGUGCAGAGCAUCGUGCUACGUGCUUAGGAGUGUACAAUAAAAUAGAGC